CCGACUACAUACACUACCUGCGCCCACAGCCAUCGAAUCUCUCGGCCAAGGGCGCCCACACACUGCGGCGCAGCACAUCAGUCGGCCUGGGCCGCUUUGUCUCACAGCCGUCGUCGCCAUCGAUAGCUCCAGCACGGGCGCCCAGCGUCCGCGCCCGGACAUUCACUGGGCGGCCAGGCACACCGGUGGUCGGGGAGCAGGCUGCUCUGCCCAGGCCACGCCAUAUCCGGAGGCACCGCAAUGCCAAGACCCUGGAGAUGAUGCGGCCGCUGGUUGCGUCCCAUGGAGGAGGAGUGUUCGGAGGCCACGACGGCGCGCAGCGUGUCGGCUGGCUCAAGCAAGUCGCUGGAGUCGAGCAUCUCACGGGCGUCCGGUGUAUCGAAGAGCUCGGACGGGUCGGUGGGCAGGCUGGCAAAGCCUGUGGUGUCGGCCGAGUCGCCCGGAAGGGUGGCGGGCGAGCAGAACGUGUCGCUUUUGUGGUCGGCGCUGGCUCGGCUGACGAUUCGCAGGGUCAAGGCGGAGAGCGCGGUGGAGAGGCUCAGGGGCAUUGAGGCAGAGCAGGCGAGGAGGGAGCCGGGUGAAGGCACUGUGAAGGAGAGGGGAAAUCUAUGCAGCAAUGGCGGGGAGAGUGCCGAGGAUACUUCCACGGGGCAGAUUGCUGAGGCUGCGCCGCAGAAUCAGCAGACUGGCAGGCUUGCAAUAGAUGACCCGGGUGUACCGUCGAGUCCGAGGUCAUACUGGGGGCUCGGGUGGUGGUCUGCACCGACGACUGCUGCGACGACUGCGACGGCGCCCGCACCUGAAUCUGAAGCUGCCGAAGCUGCCGAAGCUGCUGUUGCUGAUAACUCUGAGACUGCUGAGUGUGAGCCCAGGCGCGAGUCAAGUGACCAGCAGCAAUUUGCGGAUAUAUCUGAGCCUGAGCCAGUCACAAGCCAAUCUCAUCCGGCAGAUCCCGAGCCUCCACUACUGCCUGAUGAGGAUUCCCUGCCCAGUCCCGAGCAGCACAACUCCGGGUCCAGCUGGUGGUGGCCACUGCUCGGCUCACGAUCUGCUGACCCACAAGCUCUGGCUGCCAGCGAGGUGCUGCCAGCGGGUGUAGAUAAUACCUCCACUGAGCAAGCGUCCAGUGACGUCAUCAUCAGAUACUAACCGCAACGGAUAUGCAUCGCUGGGGCAUAACGAUGGCGAGCAAGCGCAGGGCUCCAGAAAUACUAGCGUGGACCGAGCCGACAGCAGAUAGAGCGAGUCAGAAAGCAUCAGAGCCCAAAAUCAGCGACAGAACUGCGAGCGGACACAACGUGCAGCAGCAGCAAAACAUGCUGUUGCCGGCGCUAGAGUUCGCUGAUGCCCCGCCAGUUCCUGAGCCGACUCCGCAGUCACCGAAGCGCAAGAACAGCGACACGCCAGUAACUGCUGAUGCACCCAUUUCCAAGCGCCUACGGGUAUUGGGCCGCAACCUGUUUGACUCUGCAUACGAGAUCGCACCAGAGUGGGCAGCGCACCUUUGUCGAUGGCCCAAAGCUGGCAGACGCAACCGGCCAGCACCAUGGGCCCGUCCACAACGAC